CGAGACGAAAUUUCUCAAUUGACCCAAAGAAGGAUGGCGUCGGACGAGGAGGAUAUUUCUCAAACAAGAGAGGAGAAGGCGCAACAUCGACAACAACUGGGAGCUGUUUGCAAGACUCAAUUUGUGCUAUACAUUGAAGACGUCCAUCAGCUCCCCCACGUUAAAGAGGAAGAGGAGGAACUCUGGACCACUCAGGAGGCAGAACAUCAUCUCCGGCCAGAAGAGGCUGAUCUCACCAAGUCGCCACUGACUAGUGUCUCUGUCAAGACUGAAGACCAUGAAGACAAACCAUCUGAGUCCUCACAGCUUCAUCACAGUCCAAGUGAGGAGAACAGCCAGAUAACCUCGAAUGCAAUGCUUUCCAACAGAGAUGUCCAGCAGAUGAUUGGUCAUCAAGAAGAACGUCCCCCUCAGGCACAGGGCGGGAGCUCCACUUUGAAGCAGGAGGCUCUACAGUCCCCCAAAGUGAAAGAGGAAGAGGAGGAACUCUGGAUCACUCAGGAGGAAGACUGUCUUCUCCGGCUGGAGGAGGCUGAUCUCAAAAAGUUGCCACUGACUGUUGUCUCGGUGAAGACUGAAGACCAUGAAGACAAAUCACACCACUUGACAACAGAAGCCAAUGGAGACAACUGUGGAGGAUCACAAUCCGACAACCUCUUAUCUCCUCUCUCAGAUAGUGACGACCCAACGGCACACUCUCCAGAGGCUCAAGACUGUGACGACACCCAUGAACCCUUGAGCAGCCCUGCAGACUGUGACUCUGAACGCUCUAAAAAGAAACCUGGUGAAAAACUUGUAACCUGCUCAGUUUGUGCCAAAAGAUUUACUCAAAAGAGCUCUCUCACUCGGCACAUGCAGACGCACACGGGAGAGAAACCCUUCAGUUGUUCUUUCUGUGGUAAAAGAUUGUCGAGCAAAACAAAUGUGGAAUCACACAUGAGAACGCACACAGGAGAAAAACCUUUUAGUUGCUUAGUUUGCGGUAAAACGUUCUCUACCAAGACAAAUAGGCUGUCGCACAUGAGAACCCACACAGGAGAAAAACCUUUCUGUUGCUCCGUUUGCGGUAAAAGAUUCUCUACCAAGACAAAUAGGUUAUCACACAUGAGGACACACACAGGAGAAAAACCUUUCACUUGCUCAGUUUGCGGUGAUGCAUUUUCUCUGACAUGCACUUUAAAGAGUCACAUGAGAACACACACAGGAGAAAAAACUUUUACUUGCUCGCUUUGUGGCAUGGCAUUUUCCCAGAUAUCAUCUGUAAAUAGGCACAUGAGAACACACACGGGAGAAAAGCCUUUCAGCUGCUCAGUUUGUGGCGAUGCAUUUUCUCAGAUAUCGUCUUUAAAUACACACAUGAGAACACACACGGGAGAGAAGCCUUUUUGUUGCUCGGUUUGCGGCGAUGCGUUUUCUCAGAUAGCCUCUUUAAAUCGACACAUGAGAAGACACACUGGAGAAAAACCUUUCUGUUGUUCAGUUUGUGGCGAUGCCUUUUCUCAGAGGUCCACUUUAAAUAGUCACAUGAGAACGCACACAGGAGAAAAACGUUUUAGUUGCUCACUUUGUGGUCAUAAAUUUUCUUGCAGAUCCUCUUUGAAUAGACACAUGCAGAGACAGAGUCACUGAUGGACUAUGUUUUAUUUAUUUAUUUAAGUCAAUCAACUGUAUUCUGUGAAUGGACAAUUAGGCCGGCCGUGGCUGUGUGGUUUGGUAAGUGAUUGCAUUAUGAGAAUGUAAAAGGAACUGUGAAGGAAUGCAUGAUACUGUAUAAUUGAUCAAAUUCCAAUCACGUGAGAUUAAAAUAGUAUAAAUUGUAUAUCCUGGGGGCUAAGCCCUCCCUCCGCGGUUCUUAAAACCUAGUGACCCCUGUGCGAGCAAACACGCAGAAGUGCAGACAAAUGUUAUUCUCGUGCUCUCGUGUCGAAACACCAAGUUAAACCGACUCCAAUGAAGACAAAGCUGUUGCAAGACUUCAUAAUUUCUUCACAAACAUGCCUGUGAAAAUCUAAAAAUAAAGUGAUACGGAAAAAUACUUAGCAUCCCUGUACAUAUUUGU